UUUCCUCUUUAUAUUUCACAAUUUUCUUGCAAAAAAAAGCAGGCACAAAUCAAUUUGUGCCUUCUGAAAAAAAUUCAAGUACCCAGAAGAGAUAUUCAGCUCAAAACCCUCUUUUUCUUGCAAAGAUGGCAAUGCAAGGUGGAUUAAGGAUUGAAGAUUUGGACUCCUUCAAGAAGCUGAUGGUGUUUAGUGCUGGUCUUGAUGGUGGUGUUAGUGGUGGUGUUGAAAUGAGUGGUGAGAUGUCAGCACAGUGGAAAGAUAUCCCUAUGGAGUUGCUCCUGCGAAUCGUGACACUUGUUGAUGAUCAGACAGUUAUCAGGGCUUCUGGGGUGUGCAGUGGAUGGAGGGAUGCGAUUUGCCUUGGGCUAACGCGUCUUUGUCUAUCAUGGUGCAAUAACGACAUGAACAACUUAGUCCUUUCGCUUGUGCCAAAAUGUACAAAUUUGCGGACCUUGAUACUUCGUCAAGAUAAGGCGCAGCUUGAGGAUAAUGCUGUUGAGGCAAUAGCAAACUUCUGCCAUGACCUACAGGAGCUCGACUUGAGUAAAAGCUUCAAACUAACUGAUUGCUCUCUUUAUGCAUUGUCUCAUGGUUGCCCAAAUCUCACAAAGCUGAAUAUCAGCGGAUGUUCAGCUUUCAGUGAUACUGCACUUGCAUAUUUGGCUAGCUUUUGUAAAAAGUUGAAGUCAAUAAAUCUAUGUGGAUGUGUGAGGACUGCAACUGACAAGGCAUUGCAGUCCAUUGCAUAUAACUGCAAGGAUCUCCAGAUUCUCAAUCUGGGAUGGUGUGAAAAUGUUGGGGAUGUGGGAGUGACAAGUCUCGCAUAUGGUUGCCCCAAUUUGAGAGCCCUCGACUUGUGUGGCUGUGUACUUAUAACAGAUGAGAGUGUGAUUGCUCUGGCAAACGGAUGCCCUCACCUUAAAUCUCUGGGUCUAUACUAUUGCCAGAACAUCACGGACCGAGCAAUGUAUUCUCUGGCUCAGAGCUGUGUCAGAAACAAGCACGGUGUAUGGCAGUCUAUUAAAAGCAGAUACGAAGACAACGGCCUUGUGAACCUCAACAUCAGUCAGUGUACUGCUCUUACACCUCAUGCUGUUCAGGCUCUAUGUGAUUCCUCCCCUGCCCUUCACACAUGUCCUGGACGGCAUUCUCUUAUCAAAAGUGGUUGUCUUAAUUUGACGACCGUGCAUUGUGCCUGCGCUGUCCAAGCUCACCGCGCUGCAAGCACAACUGCGCAUUGAGAGAGAUUGUUCAAAUCUCAAUGAUCAAUAUCUUCCUGUUGUAAACAAAGGUGGUCUUCUGUUUUAUUUAAUCCUUGUAGGAAGUGUUUUGUACUGCUUUUUUAAGCUCAAAAACAAUGAAAAAGCUAGAGUUGUGGAAGAAGCUGACUUUAAUAUGUUGCUGUACUUUUGUUAGGCUUUGAAGAACUUGAUAACAGUGACUUUGACUCGUGAAUGUGGUCCAAAAUUUGUAUAUACAAGUAGUUAUUUUCUGAAGCACUGCUGGGAAGUUUGUUUUAUAUAGGUCCAUUUAUGUAAUCUUCUUUGUUAUGUUAUAUCACAUUCAUCUAUUUUGUU